GAUUGUUCUGGCUGCCCUUUGGAGCUGGGAGUGCUCCUCUCCCGCCGCCAUUGCUUCUUCGUCCUGAGCGUCCUUCCCGACGAGCAGGGUUGCGGCUCCCGCCGGAGGUGCCGGUCGCCGGCUUUUAGGGAGCGAUGACGACGGUGCGGAAAGAGGCGUUCGGGCGGAUGCCCCCGGAGGAGGGAGGCGGAGAGGUGGAGAAGUUCGUCCUACAGUCGGACAGCGUGAGAGUGGAGAUCCUGUCUUUUGGGUGCAUUAUCACCAGGCUGGAGACAAAAGACAAGGAUGGGCAGUUUUCAGAUAUUGUCCUAGGAUUUGACACUUUAGAAGGUUACACGGCGAAGCACCCGUACUUCGGUACUGUCGUGGGCCGUGUUGCCAACAGGAUUGCAAACGGGAAGUUCGGUGUGGACGGGAAGCAGUAUCAGCUGUUCACUAACAACGGGCCCAACAGCCUGCACGGAGGAGCCAAGGGGUUUGACAAGGUUCUCUGGAGCGCCGAGGUGCUCCCAAAUGGCGUCCGCUUCUUCCGGCUCAGCCCCGACGGCGAGGAAGGCUACCCUGGUGACCUCAAAGUCUGGGUCACCUACACCCUUAAUGGCAGGGAGCUGGCCAUCAACUACCAGGCCCAGACCAGCAAGACAACCCCCAUCAGCCUGACAAACCACUCCUACUUCAACCUGGCAGGGCAGGGCUCCCGCGAUGUCUAUGACCACGAGAUCUCCAUUGAAGCAGAUUCCUACCUGCCUGUGGAUGACACCCAGAUCCCUACUGGGGAGGUGGCCGCAGUGCAGGGCACUGGAUUUGAUCUCCGGCAGCCUGUGGAGCUGGGCAAGCACUUGCAGAAGUUUCACCUGGGUGGCUUUGACCACAACUUCUGCCUGCACCAGGGGCAGGAUCGACGCCUUGUGGCCAGGGUUUUCCACCCGCCCACUGGCAGGACCAUGGAGGUUCACACCACCCAGCCUGGCAUCCAGUUUUACACUGGGAACUUCCUGGAUGGUUCCCUGAAGGGCAAAGGUGGUGCCACAUACCCCAAGCACUCGGCUUUCUGCCUGGAAACCCAGAACUGGCCUGAUGCUGUGAACAAGCCUCACUUCCCCAAUGCCCUGCUCCAUCCGGGUGAGGAAUACAACCACACCACGUGGCUCGUGUUCAACACUGCUUGAGGAGAAGGGCUGCUGACUCCCAGCACUAAGAGGGGAACCCGACCGGGACCGGCGGGGAGACACGGACCUAGACCUACGAGGAGACACGGACCUGGACCUACGAUAGGAAGCUGACCUGGACCUGCAAAGAAAGCAAUUCCAAGAGUUGUUCAAGUGAGGCUUUUUCUAGGCUAAAGAAGGCAACAAGAAUAAGACAAACUCAAACACACCUCCUACCACGGCUGCGGCUGCGUGACCGGGAAUACCUUCUCCCUCGGGACCUCGAGCGGGAUCUAGAGCGGGACCUGGGUUUAGGUUAGAAAAAACAAGUAUCAGCAGACAGCUGCAGCAACCCACACGUCUGAGGCCCUGCUGAAGUCAAAACUUUUUUCAGACAACUAAAGAACUAGCAUCUGCCAGAUGGAAAAAUGUCUGGGCCUACUUGUCUUGAGCAUUUUUACUACCUAGAAAAAUGUUAAAAGCUGAAUUACAUUGCAGAAUUACAUUAGAAUAGAAAACACUGUAAUGCGUAUUUAAAAUAAACCUUGCAAGUUUGCAGGUC